AUGGUCUGGCGCAACGUCGAUCCCAUAAUCGAGAACAAGCUCUACUUGGGAAACCUUGUUGCCGCCCGCUCGACCCGAUCACUGACUGAACGGCGCAUCACGCAUGUUCUUUCGGUCUGCAAGGAGCCCAUCCCCGCCGAGCUUCCCCAGUCUGGGAUUCAGCAUAUGCGCAUUGGCAUUGAGGACGUCGAUUACGCCGACCUCCUCAUCCACCUUCCCUCUGCCUGCCAGUUUAUCCACACCGCUAUGCAGUCUGGCGGCGCAAUUUUGGUGCAUGACGUCCAAGGUGUUUCGCGGAGCGCGGCUGUCGUCGCGGCCUAUCUCAUGUGGUCGCAGCGGCUCAGCGCGACAAAGGCGCUCGAGACUAUACGUAGAUCACGCGACCAGAUCUGGCCCAACGCUGGUUUCCAGGAACAGUUAGUUCUCUUCGAGCUGUGUCAAUAUGCACCCUCGCCCAUGAACGGCAUUUACCGCAGUUGGCGGACAAAACUCGAGCAGCAACUUCGAGCUGCCGGAAUGUUAUAA